GGCGAGAAUUGUUGUGGUAUACAGUCGCCGAAGUGACGUUGGGCGCAACCAGGGAUGACAGGAGCGGGGCCCAGGGGAGGACGGAGAGGAGGAAUCAGAGUGCUGGGAAGCCGAGGAAGAAGGGAGUAGAAUGAGGAAAUGUGAGGCGAAGGAAGAAAUCAGUCGAAGAGAGGUAGACGGAUACGACGAGCGAUGGUUGAAGAGAGACGAAAAGAGAAAGAGAGAGAGCGCGAGGGACGGGGAAAGAGGGAGAGGGCGGCUGUGGCGAGUGCGCGCUGUCCCGUUCGUGCCUUUUGUGCAGGCGGACUCGGUUGGAGGCUGUGGACUAUUAUUUUUUUUGGGGGGAAAUAAGGCUGUUGUGAUGCUCAGCCCUCUUCGAGUAGUCAGGUUGAGUGUUCACACAGCUGCUCACAGACUACAACGGAAAUCGUCCCUGAGAGCUAUUCUUCCGCUCAAGGAGUCGAACCGAGUCGAUUUGAGGGGGCGUGUGCGUACGCGUGUGUCUGUGUGCGGGUGCAUUAGCAAAGGGCACACAUCGCAAGAGAGAGAGAGAGGGACAGAGAGUUGAGCAAUGACGUGGCGAGCUCCUCACUCGCGCGCGGCUUCAA